UUUUUAGUUAUUAGUUAAAGAAGUUCAACGCAAACGCGUUUAAAUUCGUAAAAAAAAAUUCAAAUUAAAAUAAAAUUUAGAAAAAAUGACCACAGCCACCACAAAAUCGAAUGCCAAAGAGAAACCUAAAGUGGCAUUUUGGUCACAAAUACAAAGUUUAUUAAAUACCAUAAACCAUAUUUUCAUCCUACUAAUUGGUGUCUAUGUUACAUUAUUGGCUCGUAGUCUCGAUUUCCAAGAUACUGCCAUGCAUAUGUUUAUGACUGUAAUAGGGUUCCAUGUCUUGAGUGCCGAGGCCUUGAUGUCCCACUAUCCCCUAAAUCCCAUAACAAAUAGUUUUACACAUCGUAACAAAUCUAGAUUUCAUGGCAUUUUACAGCUGAUAGGCGGCUCUAUGGCUUUAUUAGGAGGUUUGGGUAAAAUGCAAAGUACUGAAGUACAUUUUACCACUUGGCAUGGUAGAUUUGGUCUAUUUGCCACCUUCAUGUGUUUUGCCAGCAUGUUGGGCGGCAUACUCAACUACUUCCAGCCCAAGUUUGUGCACAAAAUUUACUCACCCUCGGAAAUCAAAUUUCGCCAUAAUUUAUUUGGCUUGCUUACCUUUAGUUUGGGCAUGACUACAAUUACUUUGGGCUAUUUUACUAAAUUCUUUACUAAAUAUGUUGACGCUGAUGUAAUACCAGCAUUUGCUUUAGCAACCAUUUUGGUUUAUUUGUUGACGAUGAUUGCACCAGUACGUUCAUUGUUGGAUAAAUUGAAGUAUCGCAAGAAGAAGUAAGAGCGAUUGUGAUGAAAUGGAAUGAUGGAUAUGUAUAUUAGAUUAAGAAAAUGAGAAAAUAAAUUGAAGGAAACUGAUAAAGGAAAAGAA